CCGGAGGGAGCCGAGCUGGAGAACAUAACAGAACCGGACGAGAGUGGGAGGGACCGGACGAACGUUACCGAGGAGUCCGGUCCCGGGGGAAAUGAUCGGGGCUCGGAGGGAGGCAGCUGGAUAAAGUCAGCUUCCUGACAGAUACAAGCCACCUUGUUUGGGAGCGUCACGAUGACGGAGCAUGGCAUAAAAUGGGGUUGUGAAUAUUGUACGUACGAAAACUGGCCGUCCGCUAUCAAGUGUACCAUGUGUCGGGCUCCGAGACCCAGUGGCGCCAUUAUCACAGAGGAGCCGUUUAAAAACAGCACCCCUGACGUAGGUUCUAUGGAAAGAGAUAUUGGGAGCCCUUUAAUAUGUCCCGAUUCGAGUGCAAGGCCACGUGUUAAAUCUUCCUAUAGUAUGGAACCUAGCAGCAAGUGGUCAUGCCAAAUAUGCACCUAUCUGAACUGGCCUAGAGCCAUUCGAUGCACGCAGUGUUUGUCCCAACGCAGGACCCGUAGCCCUACGGAAUCCCCCCAAUCGUCUGGCUCCGGCCUGCGAUCCAUCCCCAGCCCCAUUGAUCCGUGCGAGGAAUACAACGAUCGCAAUAAACUGAACAUUAAAGGUCAGCACUGGACUUGUUCUGCUUGCACUUACGAAAACUGUGCCAAAGCAAAGAAAUGUGUUGUGUGCGACCACCCCACCCCCAACAAUAUGGAUGCCAUAGAGCUGGCUAAUACCGACGAGGCUUCCUCCAUUAUUAAUGAGCAAGACCGUGCUCGAUGGAGGGGGGGUUGCAGCAGCAGUAACAGCCAAAGACGCUCGCCACCCACAUCCAAGCGGGAUUCUGACAUGGAUUUCCAAAGGAUUGAGCUGGCUGGGGCUGUGGGCAGCAAAGAGGAAUUUGAACUGGACCUCAAAAAGUUAAAGCAAAUAAAGAACAGAAUGAGAAAGACAGACUGGCUAUUUCUGAAUGCGUGUGUGGGGAUUGUAGAGGGGGAUCUGUCGGCAGUGGAGUCAUACAAGACGUCAGGCGGAGACAUUGCACGGCAAUUAUCUGCUGAUGAAGUCCGUCUCUUGAAUCGUCCUUCUGCCUUUGAUGUGGGUUAUACCCUGGUGCAUCUGUCUAUUCGCUUCCAGAGACAAGACAUGUUGGCAAUACUCCUUACUGAGGUUUCUCAGCAUGCAGCCAAGUGCAUCCCGGCCAUGGUGUGUCCAGAGCUCACUGAGCAGAUCAGGAGGGAGAUCGCUGCUUCUGUGCACCAACGAAAGGGGGACUUUGCCUGUUACUUCUUGACAGACCUGGUAACAUUCACAUUGCCUGCAGAUAUUGAAGAUUUGCCUCCCACAGUUCAGGAGAAGUUGUUUGAUGAAGUUCUGGAUCGGGAUGUGCAGAAAGAAUUGGAGGAGGAAUCUCCUAUAAUAAACUGGUCGCUGGAGUUGGGGACUCGCCUAGACAGCAGACUUUAUGCACUUUGGAAUCGUACUGCGGGCGACUGCCUGCUGGACUCAGUACUACAAGCUACAUGGGGCAUUUAUGAUAAAGACUCUGUGCUAAGGAAAGCUUUGCAUGACAGCCUUCAUGAUUGCUCUCACUGGUUUUACAGUCGCUGGAAGGAAUGGGAGUCCUGGUAUUCCCAGAGCUUUGGGUUACACUUCUCUCUGAGAGAGGAACAGUGGCAGGAAGACUGGGCUUUCAUUCUGUCACUCGCCAGCCAGCCUGGAGCAAGCUUGGAACAAACGCACAUCUUUGUCCUUGCGCACAUUCUCCGUAGACCAAUCAUAGUUUAUGGAGUGAAAUAUUACAAAAGCUUCCGUGGGGAAACAUUGGGAUACACUCGCUUUCAAGGUGUGUACUUACCACUAUUGUGGGAACAGAGUUUUUGCUGGAAAAGCCCCAUCGCCUUGGGCUACACUAGGGGUCACUUCUCUGCCUUGGUGGCCAUGGAGAAUGAUGGCUUUGACAAUCGGGGGGCUGGUGCAAACUUAAACACAGACGACGAUAUUACGGUUACCUUCCUGCCUCUGGUAGAUAGCGAGCGGAAGCUGCUGCACAUCCAUUUCCUAUCAGCCCAAGAGCUUGGCAAUGAGGACCAGCAGGAGAAGCUCCUACGUGAAUGGAUGGACUGUUGUGUUACAGAGGGGGGUGUCUUGGUAGCCAUGCAGAAGAGCUCCCGGCGUCGCAACCAUCCUCUGGUGACCCAGAUGGUGGAAAAAUGGCUGGAUGGCUAUCGUCAGAUACGUCCAUGUACAGCACUGUCAGACGGAGAGGAAGACGAGGAUGAUGAGGAUGAGUGAGGGAAGACUUGGAGUACUCGGCAUACACACACAAUGUGCUCUGUCACAACUUGGACCUGGGUUCAUGGGACCUUUCCUGAACUGCCUGGGACCUGCUGCUGCUACUAGUGGUGGAUGAGGAUUUGGCCUACCCAGUCCCAGAGGAAGAAGCACCUGUAGCUCCAAAUGAAACAUCCUUUUAUCAUUAAGACUGAACACUUUGUUUUUCUUUUGUUUUGUUUUUUUAUUUUGUUUUCAUCCCCCUCUCCUCCUACUAUGGGUUGUAAAUCUUGGUGUAUAAUGCAUGUGUUCAGCAACAGGGAUGAGAAACAUAUAUGGCAACACCCUAUGUUGAGGCCACUAAAGCUCCGGGCUGGUCACUUCCUGCUUUGUGCCUACUUCCUGAAGACUCCUUUUAUUGCAAAGCUCUAUGUAGUUUCCCCUUCCCCCAAGCAUUUUGUGCAAUCAGACCUUUGUAUUACUUGACAGACCUCAAGCUGUGUAUGUGGCACCAGUUUUGCGGCCGUCAAGCAAUUAUUGAGUCUAGCAAGUUCUCAUUUCCAAUUCACAAUUUUAUUAUUUCCAUUAAAAUCACAUAUUUCUAUAAAGAGUUAAGAGAAAUGGCAGGUGGGAUACUAAGACGAUUUUUGGCUAUGCCCUCCUCAUUUAGUUUGGGCUUCAUUUUCACUUUUCUUUGUUUACACCAGGGAUUCGGCAGCCUGCUACAUGUUGCAGUUCAACAACACCCUCUGCAGCGUUACAAGUUGCUUGGUCUCUGCAUGAUGGAAAACUUUAUAUAUUUAUUUGUUCGGAAACACUUGUCCCCUCAUCUCACUCCUCCUCCUCCUCUGCAGGAAUUAGGCUCUAAAGCGAUUGUGUGCAGUUUUGCCGGCUUGAACUUGAUUGCAAAAAAUGACACAAAUACAUAGUCUUGCUGUGAAUCCACCUCCUGCUGCGGUGAUCCUUGUGUCACUACUCCUUUAUUUCUCUAAUGGAACACGUCUACAUUAACAACAAAACAGUAACACACACGCACCCUGCCUCCAGUUAUAAAGAUAUCCUAUAGAAAUAACUGCAUUCUAAUAAAUCCAAAAUGGUGCAA